GACGAUGGGUGGGACUGCGGUUUUGAAGACAUUGAUUGGCUCGCUUAUUUACAGCUACGCCAAUGAAAUUCAGUCGUGCUCUGUGUCCAAUCACAACACGCAAUCAGAAGGCACGUCUAUGGUGUCUGAAAAUUUGCAUGGGCGGUGAAUAAAUGGUUCCUUAAAAACAUACAUCUUUAUUCAUUGUGUUAUUGUGAUAGAGUAAUCAUCAUGCCUGAGCCAGCAAAACCCGCACCUAAGAAGGGAUCCAAGAAGGCCGUUACUAAAACCUCCGUAAAGGGCGGCAAGAAGCGCAAGAGGUCCAGGAAGGAGAGUUAUGCUAUCUACGUCUACAAGGUCCUGAAGCAGGUUCAUCCUGACACCGGGAUUUCCUCUAAGGCCAUGGGGAUAAUGAACUCUUUCGUCAAUGAUAUUUUCGAGCGUAUCGCCGGUGAGUCCUCUCGUCUCGCUCACUACAACAAGCGCUCCACCAUCACAUCGAGAGAGAUCCAGACCGCCGUGCGUCUGCUGCUGCCCGGUGAACUCGCCAAACACGCCGUUUCUGAGGGAACAAAGGCCGUCACCAAGUACACCAGCUCCAAAUAAAUCUGUUGAAGCUUCCAACAACCCAAAGGCUCUUUUAAGA